ACUUUGUGGUUAUAUAACAUUUGUGGCUUUCAAGUACUUUGUUUCCUCUUUUUCUUUUCUUACCAGAUCCAAUCUGAGUACAAAGGCUUUUCACCAAAAAGAUCAAUUUUGAGGUAUUUCUAGUCCAAUAUGCACAGUUCCAGUCUCUAAAUCUUUGUUUACUUUAAGCUACAUUAUUCUCCAAAUAAUGGGCUCUGCUUUGUGUCAUUAUUGCAUAACCUAGUGGCUAUGUUUUUUCUUGGUUGUUGGAGGAGAGAAGCAUUCGUAGGGGGGCUAAAUCAUGUUUCGGUCAUCACCACAUAGGAGCCAGAGAUCAAAAGGUUUUAAGGUAAAGCAUGCUGUACAAAUAUGUCUUCUCCUAGGUGUUGGAAUCUGGCUGCUUUACCAAGUCAGGCAAUCUCAUGACAAGAAAGCUGCAGCAUUUGACGACAGUGUCAAAACUGGGAAUGGCAUUAUAAAACUAGGAAGAAAGGACCUCCCUGAAGCUGAAGAAACCAUCAUUAGAGAUGAGAGACACAGGGAGAAAGAAGAAGAAGAAAGCAAGAAUGAAGAUGAAACUAAACCUGACAACUACAUAGGAACUGGGGGUGGAGACGAGAUCCAGAGUCAUUUUCAUGAUCAAACUGAAGAGGGAUUUGAUCGGAGGGAUGGUUCCAUCGAUGGAGUGAAGGUGGGUGAAGAAAACAAGGAGAAUGUUGGUGCAGAAGAGAGGGAGGAUAGCACUGAUAAUCACCAGACAGAGAAAGAACAGAUCAAGGACAAUGUUAGCGAAGAUAAUGGGAGUGAAGAGAACAAAGUGCAUGAUGUCCAAGAUACGCAGAAUGUAGAGAGCAAAGAGACUGAUAAUGGAGAAAGCAAAGAGAAGGGAAAUGAAGGUAAGGAGAAUCCUGAUGAGAAUAAGGAGAAUGAAGAGAACAAAGAGACAGAAAGCCAAGAUAAGUCAAAUCAAGAGAGGCAAGAAAACACAAAUGAAGGGAAGGAAAGUGUAGAGGAGAGUCAAGGAAUGACAAUUAAAGAGGUUGUUAAAGAAAGCAAAGGGGCAGAAACUAAAGAGACAGAAGACAAGGAAGAGAAGAGGAUUGAAAAUUCAGGUUCAGCAGAAGAUCAGGUUCCUGAUGGAAAUUACGAACAUAGCAAGGAGGCAAGAGAAGAACAUUACAAGGGAGACGAUGCUUCCAGUGCAGUUGUCCAUGAAACUCAAAAUUUAACACCUGUAGAAGAGCAAGGUGGUUUGGAGAAGACUAACGAGGCAGAGCAUGUGAAGAACAAAGAAAAGAACGAGUCUGGAUAUGACAGUAAAACAAAUAUCUCCGAGAUUGUUGAUGUCAAUCAAAAUGAAGUUCCAAAUGGUGAACCAGUGGAAAAUAACAAUGCCACAAAUCCAGCCAAUGAACAGAGUGGCAAUGAAAGUAGUAAGCAAGGAUCGGAGGAUGGUUCCCAUGAUACGUCUGCAGUAGCAACAGAAAAGAAUGAUCAGCAACUGAUGGAUUCUAACUCCAGUCCAGUUACUUCAGAACAUCAUGAUUCUUCACCUCAAAAUCAAAAUGAAACUCCAGAAAACACAAAGUCAAAGGGAGAGGAUUCAACUAAGAAUGAUGUUGUCCUACACGUACAAACAGAGAAAUCUGACUCAGAUGCCAGUGGCCGGCAAUCAGAUUUGAAGGUGACACCUUCCACUGCAACUGAGAAUGUAGAUUCAACUAAUCAAGAAUCAACAGAUUCUAGCAAUUCUGAGUCUGUUUCAUCUAAUGGGCUAACUGUUGAGUCCAAUAAGCCUUCAUCAGCGAGCCAAAAUAAUAAUGCAGUUCAGGGUGAAAAGUCCGAUGGUAGUACCAGAGAGGGAAAUCAAGAAAUUGUUUUAUUGUCAAACACAAAUGAAAAUGCAGAUGCAGGGCAGAAGGAACAUGUUGAUUCUUCAAACUCCAUAGAGAAAGACGCAUCAUCAAAUACAAAUAACAAUGUGGAUGCUGACCAAAAGGAACAUGUUGAUUCUUCAGAUUCCCAAGAGAAAGAUGUGUCCUCAAACACAAAAGAUAAUGGUGAUUCUGGCCAGAAUCAGAGUGAAAAUUCUGUUCACAGCAGCACAAAUGACAAUACAGUCACAAGCCAAAAAGAACAGGUUGAUUCUAACAGCGGUGAUGCUGAUCAGAAUGAGAACAACAAUGCCGUUGAAAGCAACACGAAUGACAACAGCAAUACAAAUGUCAACACAGAUGCAAGCCAAGAGCAAGUUGUUUCCACUGACUCUUCAACAUCCCAAAAAGAGAAAGAUGCAGCCUCAAACACAGAUAGCAACACACAUGCCAGCCAGAAUGACUCAAAUAAUUCUUCCCAGAACGAUUCAGUUGAUUCUUCAAAUUCUUCAGUUUCUCAAGAGGAAAAAGAGGCUCGGACAGAUUUGGGAACCUUGCCAGAUACAAGAAGCCAAGAAAUUAAUGGUGGGGAUGCAGCAGCAGCAGAAGCAGAGUGAGUUUGUUUACUUCCUGCUAGGAUAUAGUGUACUUGGACAAAUUUUGACGUCGCUUAUAUUUUGUUUUCUUCUUUUCCCUGAAAUAAUCAGGAGAAUCUGUAAGCUUCUAUGUUUAUUGGUGUGCUUUAUUGCAAUAAUAGUGUAUAAGAGGUAUUACUGUUUUCUGCUUAA